CUGAGUAGAUUGACUCCCCCACCUGUUCGAUCUCCUCCUUUGGAACCCCACUGUGGUGGGGGAUCUUGUGAUAGGUCCACAGGACCCCCCACCCCGGGUGGGUCUACCCUGCUGGGCAAAAGCCUCCCAUCUUAUAAAGCUUCUUACCUCCGGUCACAGCAGAGGUGGACGAGCUCAGGCACUUUUACGCACGGGUGCUUUUGGGUUUUUAUGCACGGCGCGUCGUGCUUCAUUUUAGGGGGCUGGGGAUUUUGAACGUUUGUGAACUUUGCCAUGACACUUUCCGGCGAAUACGACUCUUCCCCACACGCCGAGUUGCCUCUGGAAGAGGACGAGAUCGACAUCGUGGGUGAGGAUGAGCCCGAGCCCGAGAAUCGUUACACCGACCUGGGCGUCGGGACCGAAUUGGACUCCUCGGGGGCGGACUCUUCCGCCGAGAGCGACAGCGGCUUCUGUUCCGAGAAGGCCAGUGGUGGGAGCCUGGUGAAGCCCCCUUACUCCUACAUCGCCCUUAUCACCAUGGCCAUCCUGCAGAGCCCCAUGAAGAAGCUCACCCUGAGCGGCAUCUGCGACUUCAUCAGCAACAAGUUCCCUUAUUACCGGGAGAAGUUCCCUGCUUGGCAGAACUCCAUCCGGCACAACCUGUCCCUCAACGACUGCUUCAUCAAAAUCCCCAGGGAGCCGGGCAACCCCGGCAAGGGCAACUACUGGUCCCUGGACCCGGCCUCGGAGGACAUGUUCGACAAUGGCAGCUUCCUAAGGCGCAGGAAGCGGUUCAAAAGAAAUCAGCCCGACUUCAGGAAGGAUGGAUUCGUUUUCUAUUGCCGGCCUUUCGGGUACCCGUACACGGUGCAGGGGUGCGUCGACCCGGCCGCUGUGGGCUAUGCGCCACUACGGGAUGGCGUCACGAUGCCUUCCUCGUCCUAUCAAUUUUUGCCGCAAUCUCGGACCCAGGACACUGGACCCAAAGACUUCAGAACUACAGAAACCACCGAGCGCACCAGUCGUGGCACGCAAGCUAAAUGUUCAUUCAGUAUAGACUCUAUCAUAAGUAAACCGGCUCCUAUUAACGGGGGUUCCCAUCAGAACCCCCUCCCUCAUCGUUAUAUGUCGAACCACAUGGCCUGUUUCGUCCCCACUCUCUUGGAGAACUCCAGAACUCCUUUUGGACCUUCUGCCAUGCUGAGCGAUGCCCCUUUCAUCAGUGAACAACUUAGACGUUUAUACCCACACACCUGAGGUGUUGUUAUUACCACUGUAUUAAUAUUUUGAGUAAUGUUAUUAUGCUUGUUUUUAUUCUUUUUAAAUUGUGUCAUUAUUUAAGACACGUGUUGGUCAUUUCUUAAAGAAAUAUUUGUGUUGCAUGAUAUUUAUGUUGACUUAAUCUCCAAAGAAUUCUUGCAUAGUUUAAGAACUUUUUACACCCCCAAAAAGAUUUGUUCUCCAGGUACCACGGUCAGAGUGGAAGUACAUUACCAUUUUAAAUGUUUCGAGACACUUGGCAUACAAAAAUUUGUAAUUGUUUCAGAAUGUUUGAUUGGUAGUGCACUUUUAAUGUUAUUUUAAGUAACUGUAACAUUAUGCACAGUUUGAACAUUCACAAUCACUUGGGGGGGUCCCAAAUUCAAAUACAAUGUACAGCUCAAAUUAGUUACAAAUCUCCCUAACGAAAUGUGUAAAUAUAAACAGUUAUUCAACUUUAGAUACGAACCCAUUUGUAUUAAAUGCAACUGAACUAAGGUAACAAUUAUUUCGCUUCCCAUUGGAGGGAGCCCGCGUACAACAUUGAUCGGCACUAGCUCAGGCAAUAUACGUAUAAUAAUAAUAAUAAUAAUAAUAAUAAUUCAUCAGUAUCAUAGGUGUGCAUUACCCGCUUAAGAAGCAAUACAAAAAGUUUGCAUUGUAAAAUUAUUUUGGUUGGUUAUAGUAAAAAAUUGUAG